UUCUAAAUUUUUCUUGCAUUAAUUUUCGCAUGAUCAAGAUUACUUUAACUGAAUCACACAACUAGAAACGCUUAGGAAUUUCAUAUAUGGAUGCAGGUAAGAAUAACAACAUCUUGAGUUGGGAAGCAAGGCUGAAUAUUGCAAUGGACGCAGCACAAGGAUUGGAGUAUUUGCAUUAUGGAUGUAAACCACCUAUAAUACAUAGAGACGUGAAGACUACAAACAUCUUGCUGAAUGAAAAUUUUCAUGCCAAAAUAGCUGAUUUUGGUCUCUCCAAAAUUUUCCCAACUGCUGGUGGCACUCAUGUCUCAACUUUUAGUGUUGCCAGCACCCCUGGGUACCUCGACCCUGAGUACUCCACUUCAUAUAGGUUGACUGAGAAAAGUGAUGUUUAUAGUUUUGGAGUUGUUCUUUUGGAGAUAAUCACAAGUCAACGUGUGAUAGAAAGAUCCUGUGAAAAUAAUCACGUAAGCCAAUGGGUGAGAAUCAUGGUUGAUAAAGGAGAUAUUCAAAAUAUUGUUGAUCCAAGGUUGCAUGGAAAUUUCAAUGUUAACUCUGCUUGGAAAGUUGUUGAAAAAGCAAUGGCUUGUGUGUCUUCCACCUCCAUUGAAAGGCCAACCAUGAGUGAGGUGGUGAUUAAACUAAAGGAGUGUUUGACAUCUGAAAUAGCUCAAAGGGAGGGUAAAUCAAAUUAUUCAAUUGAAAUGGUCAAUAUGAAUAUGAUUACAGAACUCAGUCCUUCAACAAGGUAACUUGUCCAAAAAUGAGAUUGGUAUAUUGGAUCUUAAACUGUCUUUGAAUUGGGGCAAAAGUCAAGUAUAGUUCCUGAAAUUCUCUACAUUACAUUCUUCAAUUAGAUUCAAAUACAUGAUUUUAUUGAUUAAUGAAGAUAAAUAAUGUUAGCUUUCUCAAUAAAAAUUAAAUCUAAUGUUGUUAUUUGUU